UGUCUACUGGAUCAUUGAAACAUUUGGAUCAAUAUGUCCUGGAAGUGCAGCUGUGUUUUGACUUUUCUUGCUAUUCUGUUCUUUAAUACAGCAUACUCUCAAUGGAGGGGACAUUACUACACCAGGAGGUAUAUAAGUUACUGGGGAACAAGACAUCCAUGCAACAAGGAAACCUGGCCUGGAAUCUGCUGGAGUAGAAGAACUGAACAUUAUCCAGUUUACGGUUAUCAAACAUUAUGUAGCAGUGGAUGGAGGCAUAACGGCGAUAACAACUGUAAUAUAGCUAUAUGUGAUCCAGAGUGCAGGAAUGGCGGAACAUGUUAUCAUCCAAAUCGACCAUGCAGGUGUCGAAAUGGAUAUCAGGGAGAUAUUUGCGAAGGGGUAUCAGCAUGUUCUCAUCUCCGACCUUGCUAUCCUGGGAAGUGCUACGGCCAAACAUGUGUCUGCUCAAAUGGAUUUAAUGGACAAAGCUGCUUAAAUUUGAAAGGCCAGCAGUUCUUGCCAACUUUAGAAAAAAUCAAUGCCACCUUCACUUAUCAUCAAGCAUCGAUAAACAGAGAUCAAUACAGUUAUAAGAGUGAUGCAACUCACAUGACGGAGGCUGACAUAACAUGGACAAACCAAGGGAAGUUCAAUAGGCUUGAAUUUAAUCUGAAAGCCUCACUAGACGAGACUUAUGUAUUUUCUCGAAAUCCAAGUCCUCUUCCAAGCUACAUCAGUGAGGUCCAGUUUGGGAUUGUUUCUGCCACUGUAUCAAUUAGCCACAUGAAACUUAAAAAUAAAGGUUAUUAUGAAGCAGAAAAAAAAGAACUAAAAUGUCCUAAUCUUUCUGAUUCAAGUCCGAGUACCGAACUAUCAUGUUUUUUGAACAACAGCUAUAUAAUACAGUUUGACUCCGGUGACAGGUACAUGGUUCAUUUUUCAGUUAGCACUGGUGGAUACAGGAAUCUUCAAAAUGGUCAAAUUCCAUAUGCAAAAAAUAGUUAUAUUGCAAUUAAGACUGGAAAUUCGAUGCAACUUCAUUUCGAUUACGAUGAACCAAAACAUUGUUCUGAAAAUUCUAGCUGCAAUUCGGGAGAAGUUCCUUUCAGUUUACGUCACGAUGUUACAAAAGUUGCCCUUAAACCUCAAUGGAGAGGUUGGAAAGAUGAAUUAUCAGGAAUCAUGAGAUAUGUAUUUGAAGUUUGGAAAAUGGAAUAUAGUUACGACCAUAAAGGAUUAAGGGAACCUCUCAUCAAUAGUAUAUUUAAUCCAGUACCUUUGUUUAUUCAAGAAGUUAUUGCUAGCGACAUGUUCUCCUUUCCAACCUAUGAACCCAAUGAGCCUGGUGUGUACUCUACCAUUCUAGAAGUAAAUGACAAAGCGAAUAAUUCUAAAUAUGCACGACAAGUAGCGAUAUAUGACAGAACGUCUAAUAUAUCAACUAGCGCUGACCAUCUGAUAAUUGUCACCACCGCUUCCAAAGCGACAAAUUUUGCAUGGCAAACAAGUCAGUUUUCGAAAAUUGAUGUUUCAUGGUCUGGUCAUUUUACGAAUGAAGUACACGAAAAAGGACAUUUUCUGUCAAAAUUACUUGACUACGAGCCACGUUUGAGCGACGGAAAGCAAGGCAGGCGCCAUGACUACAAGAAAAUACUGACAAGGUUUGAUGAUAUUGACGGUGUAAGAAACAAAUCGUCAAUACCAAAUAUAAAAUCCAUUAUUCGUUUUGAAACCCUUGGAAGACACGUUAUUUCUCAUAUGACAUUCCCAAAGACUGGUUGGAAAGAUGUUGUACCUUUAAGUGACAAUAAAAGUUUUCCACUCACAGAUAUCCGUGAUGGAGAUUCGUAUCAACUUUGGAUUCGUGCACAUGAUAUAAUGGGUAAUAGUAAAGUUGAUUCUGCUGUAGUGCAUUUCGACAGGAGCCCACCCACUGUUCUCCCUUUAAAAGUCGAGUAUAACAUUGGUGACGGAAAAUAUCCAUUUUCAAGCAGAGUUCGUGUAGCAGCAGAAGAUGAACACAGCGGGGUCAAGAAAAUAUCCUUCAGAUUUAUUGUAAAUGGAACUCUUGAAGAAAAGGCAAAGAAAGAUUUCUUGAUUGAGUCAAAGUCUAAAGAAGAAUGCGACCUCAUACCAUUCGACUGCAAGUGUGUUAAAAUGGGCGAAUGCUUCAUGAAAGACACAGUUUUAGAUAUAAACAACUGCUGGUUAAAAGUUCCAAUUGAACAAGUAGCCAAUUUUGUACUUCUGUUGGAAGUAACAGUGUACAAUUCAGCAAUGUUAUCGUCUAAACGACACGAAACUAUUGGAAGGGUUAACCAUCUACACGGGAUACAGCAAUACUACAGCCCGUCAAACAUCACUAUGGUUAGAAGAACAGCCUCAAGUAUAAGCAUUACGUGGAUCCAGGCUAAAACUUGUUAUGAACGAUCCGGAAUAGUCAUCAUCUUAUUCACAGCUAACAAUAAGACAAAUAGUACGCAUCCAGUCGACAAAGAUGCUACAACAAUUGACCUUGGUGGAUUAUCACCUUUGACAUCGUAUUGGUUUCUUAUGUAUACAAAGUAUGGAAACGGCACCCAUGUUGUCAACAGUACAAGUCCUGCCAUGUUUUCAUUUGCAACAUUGAAAAAAGUUGAAGGUUUUCCUACAUCUGGUGUUGCAGGAAUAAUAAUAGGAUUUAUGGUGGUGCUUAUAGUUGUUAUCAUUGUCUUGGUAUUUCUUGGAAGGACUGGACGGUUACAACCAGCAAAACAACGCAUAACAGCCGGCAUACGUACAGUCAGAAAUACAAUUCGAGUUCGAGCAACGUCAAAUGCAUAUAAUAAUCGGGCCUACAUAUCGAAGGAGGACGACGACAUCUACUUCUAUGGUGGAAUGGAUAUGAAAGAGGAUACAAUGAAAAUAUCUCGUAAAAAUAUAUCACUUGAAUCUGAAUUGGCUCGCGGAAGAUUUGCUGUGAUUUUCCUGGCGAAGUAUUACACUAAAACCGAAUGUCAUGAUGUUGUUGCAAAGACCAUUAAAGAUGACCAGAACGAAGAAGCAAUUAUGAAAAUGAAAGCAAAAAUAAAUUUCUAUACUAAGAAAGUUGGUCGUCACAAAAAUGUAUUAGAGUUUAUUGGCAGUGUUGAGGAUGAAGUUCGUGGGCCUAUGAUGAUACUGGAGUACUGUUCGAAGGGAGUUCUGAAACAAUUUCUAGAAGCAAUAAAGUCAAACAUACCCGUUGACAUAGACGAAAGACUCUCUAGAAUGGUGUUUGGAAUCUGCCUCGGAAUGGACUUUCUGGCUUCAAAGCAGGUUGUUCACAGACGUUUGGCUGCACGGAAUAUAUUACUGAAUGACAUGUACGAACCAAAGAUCACAGGUUUCGGUCCAGAUCCUAGUUCUGACGAAGGAGAUGACAAAUCUGGAAAUGAAAGAAUUCCUAUCAAGUGGGUGGCUCCAGAAUGCAUGAAAUCCACACAAAAUGCCAAUGAGCUGAGCGACGUCUGGUCUUUUGGGAUAGUCAUGUGGGAAAUAUUCUCACUAGGUGAAACACCGUAUCCCGGAUUACAGAGCAGAGAAGUUCCUGGAAAAAUCAAACAAGGCUAUAAGAUGAAGAAACCGGAAUACUGUGAUGAUACAUUCUAUAAAGUAAUGCUGAAAUGUUGGCACUACGAUCCUCGGAAACGUUCCGGUUUUGAACAGCUGAAAGAACAAAUGAACAGCAUGUUCACCGAGGCUCCUGGUGAUGAUUAUUACUACAGAACAAACGAUCUUUAA